CAGCUGUCACACCCUAUUGCUGUACUAAAGAAAGAACAAACUAGUUAGUUACUAUAAAUCCUGUACACACAGAAUGCUUCUGGAUGGCAGACUUAAAACUCCAAGGUCUUUUACACAAAAAAUGUGGAUUUAAAAACCUUUUCAACUGAAUUAAAGAGGCAUUAUUUUUCCAACUGGAUUUAACUUGCAACAAUGAAAACAUUGGUCUUAAUUACAACUGGAUUACUGUCUCUGUCCUCAAGUCUACGGCAAAGAGAUUCUAAACAUGGUGAGAACAGCUCCACAAGUCAAGAUGUGCCUGAUAUUAAGACCUUUCAUGGAAUGCCACAAGGGAUUUACGAUUAUAUUCCCCCUUCCGAUAUAGAAGGCUGGACAAAGACUGUUCACAAUAAAGAAUGCAAAUGCUCUUCGGGGAAGUCAAAUGGCUCAAUACUGAAAGUUAACAAUACCACAAUGGAGUACCUUAGUAGUUCUUUGAGCACUAAACUAGUACCUGCAACAUAUAUUCUCGUAGUUUUAUUAGGUGUGCCAUCAAAUGCCAUCACUCUGUGGAUGCUGUUUUUCAGAAUCAGAUCUGUUUGUACUGCCAUCUUCUAUACAAAUUUAGCCAUUUCAGAUUUUCUAUUCUGUAUCAUACUGCCAUUCAAGAUAGCAUACCACCUCAAUGGAAACAACUGGAUAUUUGGAGAAAUAAUGUGCCGAACUACGACUGCCAUUUUCUAUGGCAAUAUGUAUUGCUCCAUUCUAUUCCUCACGUGCAUCAGCAUCAGUCGUUAUGUGGCUAUUGUUCAUCCGUUCACCUACAGAAGUCUACCAAAGCGUACCUAUGCAACUCUAGUAUGUGGCAUUGUGUGGACAAUUGUUUUCCUGUACAUGCUGCCAUUCUGCAUAAUGAAGCAAAGCUACUACUUGGAACAAUUAAAUAUCUUUACCUGCCAUGAUGUACAUAAUGCCUGUGAAACUUUAUCACCAUUCCAAUUCUACUACUUCAUCUCUUUAGCAAUCUUUGGAUUUGUAAUACCACUGACCAUUAUUAUUUUUUGUUACAUCUCAAUUAUUCAAACACUCAAUACUUAUGACCAGAAGUGGUUUUGGUAUGUUAAAAUAAGUCUCUUGAUCCUUAUGAUUUUUGCCAUUUGCUUCACACCAAGCAACAUCAUACUUAUUGUCCAUCAUGUUAAUUACUACUACAACAAAACAGAUGGCUUGUAUUUCUUCUAUCUUAUUGCUUUGUCUCUAAGCAGUUUAAACAGUUGCCUUGAUCCAUUCCUUUACUAUCUGACAUCCAAAAUCAGAGAGCAAUCCAAUGUUUAUCUCACAAUGGUUAAAAUAUCCAGGAAAGAAUGAGUUAAAUGUCCAACAUUUAUUAUUUUGUGACAUAUAUACAGGUCUGAUAAUUCAUCAAAAUAAAAAACACACUACUCAAUUAACUAUUGUUUUAUAAAUUCUAUUUGGUCUUUUUUCAU